UGACAAAAACUUAUUAAAUUAAGCAAUAAAGAAAAUCAUGUGGGGCAACUGGGUUGGUCCACUAACUAAUAAACGACCUCCCAGAUUCUCAUUCUGAUUCUUAUUGCCACCGAGUGAGUGAAAAGUUACACCAACAAACCCGUGAAAGCAAAGCACCCAUUAGACCCUUUGCCUAACCGACUCACUCCCAUGGAAUCCGAUCUAAACGACGCCGUUUUCCCCGAAGAAGAUCUCGACGACGACGACGACGAUGAAACUCCAGAGGACGAAGAGGACUACGACGACGAAACCGAACCCCCUCCCUUCGUCCUCGCCGUCGUAGCAGUCGCGCCGCCCGCUUCCACCGCCUCCGAAACACUCGACACCACGUUGAUCCCGAUCUCCGCCGUCGCCGAUUCCUCACUGAAACCACUGCACCCGGAGCUAAUCGAGGAGAAAAAAGCGCUGGACGAUUCGCGGCGACUGUUCCAGCGUCUGUGGACGGACGAGGACGAGAUCGGGCUCUUGCAGGGGUUUCUGGACUACACGGCGCAGCGAGGAUCCUCUCACCACAGCGAUACCGCCUUGUUCUACGACCAAAUCAAGUCGAAGCUCCAACUCGGCUUCAACAAGAACCAGCUCGUCGAGAAGCUCCGAAGGCUGAAGAAGAAGUACCGCAACGUCGUCACCAAAAUCAGCUCCGGCAAGGAUGUCUCCUUCAAGAGCCCUCACGACAAAGCCACCUUCGAAAUCUCACGCAGGAUAUGGAGCAACACCGCUCCAAUAAGCGGUCCCGUCGAAGACGACGACGAAAUCAACCCUAACCCUAAUUUCGGCAAUUCCGCGAAGACACCUAUCUCGCGGAAGCGGUCGCGGCCUCAGAAGCGCGAGUUGAACGACGGUUCAACAUUGAAUAGAGAUAAUAAUUGUAUUGGCAAUAAUAAUAAUAAUAGCAAUAGUAAUAAUAAUAAUAAUAAUGAGAAUUGUAAUGGUAGGCAUAACUUACAGGGUUUGAUUGAAGAGACGGUUAAGAGUUGCGUGUCGCCGGUGUUGAAGGAGUUGGUGUGUGGUACUGGUGGCAUGGGAUUGGGAAGAGGGUUUGGAGUUGGAGGAGGGCUUGCAUUGAAUUCCUUGCAAACUCAAAUGACAAUGCCAAUGACUUUAUUGAAUUUGAGGAUUGGGGAAACAACGAUGGAUGAGAAGUGGAGGAAGCAACAGAUUUUGGAGCUGGAAGUGUAUUCCAAGCGUUUGGAAUUGGUGCAGAAUGAGAUCAAGGUUGCUCUCGAGGAGUUGCGAUCAGCUGGAGGAGUAUAACCCAAAAUAAAACUGAGCUUUCAGGGCUUUUGGGUUUUGUACUUUCUGAGCUGUGUUUAGGAUAGUGGUAUGCAAUGGCAUAUUCCAGAUCCUGAAACUUCUUUUGGAUGGUCAUUCUCGUAUCUCUCCUGGUAUCUCAUCAGUGUGAUCAUUUGUGGAUUUUGCUGUAUGGAAGUCCUGAAAGUUGAAGAUUUGAGAUUGGAAUGAAGAGCAAUUUCUGUUGUCAGUUAUAAUGCCAUUCGGUAGUUAUUACUACUAUUUGAUUCAGGUAAAGUUGAAAUGUGCACUUUAUUUCUGCCUUCCAAUGAUUUGGAUCCUCUGAUACUCGGAAAGAGGCUGGGGCAUGGGUUGAAACUUGAAAGACAUUGUUUAUUCGGAUUAAUUCAAUUAUUAGUUUAUCCGA